AUGGCCCUCCCUACGACCACCCGCGAGUACCGUCUCCCAAAGACGGAUGGUAUUCACAACCUCACUUUGACAGAAGCUGCCCUCCCUCCUCUGAAAUCAUCUGAGGUUCUCGUCAAGGUCCACGCGGUUUCUCUACAGUAUCGCGACAUUGUGGUUGCCAAGGGUUUGUACCCCCUCGGCAUGAAAGACAAUGUCGUCCCCGGAUCCGAUUUGGCAGGCGAGAUCAUCGCUGUGGGCACAGAGGUGCAUGGCUGGAGCGUGGGCGACCGUGUUUGCUCGAAUUUUUGCACCGAUCAUAUUUACGGUAAUACCACUGAGGAAAUUAAGCUGACUGCGCUUGGGGCACCGAUUGAUGGUGUAUUGACUGAAUAUAAAGUUCUACCUGCACAUGCAUUGGUGAAGAUUCCUUCUCACCUCAAUUAUGAGGAAGCUUCUACUCUACCGUUCGUGUCUUGCAUUUUCGAUUUUGGUAAUAAUCGCAAAGCAUCUCUAUCGCACAGAUGCGCAGCUGUGACAGCGUACAAUGCGCUUAUGGGGCCAAUACCUCUCAAAGCCGGCGAUACGGUCCUUGUCCAGGGCACUGGUGGUGUCUCUAUAUUCGGUUUGCAAUUUGCCGUUGCUUCCGGCGCCACUGUCAUCGCUACCUCGUCUUCGGACCGCAAACUCGAAGUUGCCGCUGGGCUCGGCGCGAAGCACCUUAUCAACUACAAUAAGACACCUGACUGGGAGCAGGAGGUGAUGAAAAUUACCGACGGCAGAGGGGUGGAUCAUGUCAUCGAGGUAGGUGGGCCUGGGACGAUGUUGAAGUCGGUGCAAUGCACUCGCUUUGCGGGCUGCAUCAAUGACAUCGGAUUUGUCGCUGGGGCGGGUGAUGUCAAUAGUCUUCCCGGAUUGAUCCUUGGUCGAGCGGUUAUUUUCCGAGGCAUCCUUAUAGGGUCACGCACACAGUUCGAAGACAUGAAUCGGCUUAUUGUUGAGAAUGGCCUGAAGCCUGUCAUAGACAAGGUGUUUGCGUUUGAAGACACCCUCGCUGCGUACCAAUACCUAGAGAGCCAGCAGCACGUUGGGAAGGUCGUCGUCCGCGUCUCGAAGGACUGA